UUCUUUUCUUACAUAGCUAUUCAGAAAUCUUGCAUUGCAACGCGCUCAAGCUGAAGAAAUUGUGGCUUAAAAUGGAACACGAGAAGGUCUCGGAGAGGUCUCAAAAACAUAGAACUGGCCUUGAUUUUACAGGGUUAGGGAUUUUUUUGUCGCUAAUUAGUGUUGUGGCCGCGAUAGUGCUUGGUCUCACAGUUGCACGUUUCGCAGUGUACGACAUGGAACUGAAAACGUCCGAGUGUAGAGUCUUAUCCACUGGAGUAGCAAGCGAAAGGAUGAAUUGUAGUUGCACGAACACCGUGCCCUCUUUCAUGUCGUCUAAGUCGUCCUACCCUUGCCUUCUGAUAGAAGUUGCCUUGUACGCGAACGGUGAAGAGCACACAGCCUAUCUGUAUGAAAAUAGUUACAAGGAGAAAAAUAAGUGCAGCACUCAGCCGUGUGACUGCCUCGACGUCAAUAAUGAUGGAAAUGUGACAGUGUUUUGGAUUAAUUAUGGUGGAGUUAACGACACGUACACUUGUUACUACAAUCCCAAAAAUCUCAACGAAGCUUUUACAAAAAGACUUUUGAAGAGUGAUGGCAUGAAGUUGAUGCAUUCCUUCUUGUGGCCAGGGCUAGUUUUGGGUAUCGGCAUCGUCUUUCUGGGUAUAGGGUUUUGCCGAGAUAAAGGACACUGCCGUUACAGGAAGCAGAAUGAAUCCUCCAGUUCUGUUCCAUAUCAAGAUCUUUCGUCAAUGGCCUAAUCAUAAACAUUUUAUCAUAAAUUGUAUGAAAGAUUAGCUAUCGUAUUAAUGUGUGGUUGAAUCAAGCAUAUAGUUAGGUUAUUGUUUCAAUCUGUUUUCGAUUUUCAAGUGCCUUUAACCUUUUAUUAUCAUACGGAUCACAUCUCAGAGAUUUUCCUCUGUCUUAAGAAGUUACCCCUGAUUUUAAAGCUGCAUCCUUUUGCCUUCUUUUUUUUUAAAUUUCUUUCUGUGCAGCUAUCGAUCCCUGAUAUCGCACAGAUAAAGUUGACAUUGACCAAGUCUGCUUCAGGUCUGCUCUGACAAAUGAUCGUCAACUUUCAGAGUUACACCAAAUAAAAGAAAGAAACUCCACAUUGGGCUUAUAGGCGCGUAUCGUUUAGGUAAUUUCACAAAUUACUCAGAGUUGUAGCUGCAAAGCGGUCGUAUAUUAAAACUAAAAUUAUAAAGAAAGGUUUCCUCA